GCAGCGCUGCGCAGAGAUAACCACACCGGCGGUUACCUUGGACGCAGCGUCUUACGCACAGACCGCGCUAUAUUGGAUUUAUUGGACACCUGCAUGGGACGCCGUGAGGCUUUUUCUCCCCUUUUAUUUCUGUCUUCUACUGGGAACCAACUGGCAUCUGGAAUGGAGCUGAAUCUGUCGAAGAAUGUAAUAUCCUGUGGGGACCCAGGUGGGAUGAAUUUGGACAGAAUCUCGGAGGCAGUGAGAGCCGCGCCGCCCCGUGACGUGGCCGCCGCGUUUCAUUUACAAAGACCUUCCGAGGGCAGCCGGGAAACUUUAGAGAACUCAAGCAGCGAGUCCUCAGACGCAGAACUGGCAGAAAAGGAGCGGAGCGCCGAGCACCGGAGCGAUGACGGGAACGCGGACGACCCCAAAAAGAAGAAGCAGCGGCGGCAGCGGACUCACUUCACCAGCCAGCAGCUGCAGGAGCUGGAGGCCACCUUCCAGAGGAAUCGCUACCCGGACAUGAGCACCAGGGAGGAGAUCGCCGUGUGGACCAAUCUGACAGAAGCCAGAGUGCGGGUGUGGUUCAAGAACCGCCGGGCCAAGUGGAGGAAGCGGGAGCGCAACCAGCAGAUGGACCUGUGCAAGAACAGCUACCUGCCGCAGUUCAGCGGCCUCAUGCAGCCCUACGACGACAUGUACCCGGCCUACACCUACAACAACUGGACCAACAAGGGCCUGGCCCCGGCGCCGCUGUCCACCAAGAACUUCACCUUCUUCAACUCCAUGAGCCCCCUCACCUCCCAGUCCAUGUUCUCCGCUCCCAACUCCAUCUCCUCCAUGAGCAUGGCCUCCGGGAUGGGCCACUCCGCCGUGCCCGGCAUGCCGGCCCCGGGCCUCAACAACAUCAGCAACCUGAACGGGAUCGGGACCUCCGGCAUCAACUCGGCCAUGUCGUCCUCGGCGUGUCCGUACGGGCCUCCCGGCUCGCCGUACAGCGUUUACCGGGACACGUGUAACUCCAGCCUGGCCACCUUAAGACUCAAGUCCAAACAGCACCCCACGUUCGGAUACAGCGGCCUGCAGAGCCCCGGCUCCAGCCUCAACGCGUGUCAGUACAACAGCUGACGGGCCGCACGGCGCCCCUGAAUGCCACACAUCCAGAUAAUAUUAUUAUUAUUAUUAUAAUUAUUAUAAAUGAACGGGCUACGGACAAACUGGAUCACUUGCGAUCAUUUUUUCCAUAAAAGAGAAAAAAUGGAAGAUGCGGGUUACGUGUUUACCGUUGAACUUGCACAGCAAUUUAAACAAACAGGUUGUUUUUUUUUUGGAUCUUUUUUUUUUAACAAUGAAGAGGUGUUACAUUGCUGCAUUGUACAUAUUUAAAUGUAAAUAUAUACACAAGUCUAACAUUAGAAGCAAACCGUGGGAUUCUUUUUUUUUUUUUUCUUACUGUAUACCGCUCUCUGUGCUGGUUUCUGGCUCCAUUUCGUGCCUCGCUAUGCUUCCGUUUCGUACCAAUGCACUUAAACCAUUCAAUUGUGGAGAUAAAUAAUCACAGGCAUCCUCAAAAUCCAUGUAUUAUUUAAUUUAAUCGUAUUAUGUUUUUUUUUUCUUCUGUAAAACGUUUCUCUGUGAAACGUUGCAUCUGUUCUCAUUUAUUCUAGCAGAGACUGAACGCCAGGGGUUUCCAUUUCGUACCUGGAAAAAGGCGGGGAAAUGGAAAAAUGUGUAUA